AUGGUACUCAUCUGGGUGAUACCCGGACUGACUCUGCCCACACCCCCUCCACCUGAAAGGAAGGCUAAUAACCCGGUUGUCAUCACACCAAUCAACAACGUAACCAGGACCAUCAUAGAAGCCACUGAUAGGAUAUCAAUCAAAUCUGCCGAAUGGACACUCAUCACAUUUUUUGAUCUCAGUCAGCUGGCCCGAGAGAUCAAGACGGUCAAACGAGGCAUCCAAUCUAUAAAACAAUGGUGCCCAACGGCUUACGAGGUCUGUCCCACGAUCAUACAAACAUUGCAACAGGAAGUGGCAGAAAUCCAAGAUGCUGAUCAGUUAAUGCAUCAUCAACGGCAAAAACGCGGAGCACUGAACAUCGUUGGAAAUAUCGCGAAUGGGCUGUUCGGAGUACUCGAUGAUCAGUACGCCAAACGGAUGGAAGAAAUUAUUGGUAAACUAAGAACCCAAGAAAGCAUCACGCAUAAAAUAGUAGAGAACCAGACGUCAGUUCUGGAUACCACCAUCAACAUUAUGCGGAGUACGACGAUCGAAACGCAGAAGAGGAUGCAGGACCUAGAAGCCAUCCUGGCCAGAAUCAAGGUGAGAAGCCAUGCGGCUGAUCGGUAUCUGCCACAUGCAGUUUCAGAGUUCGUCGUCGUGGCAAGUCACAUUCGUCGAGUUCAGGAUGCUGUCCCUGCAUUGGUGUCGGUAGAACAAGUGAAACAGGUGAUCACAAAAAUACAAACACACCUUCCACCGGGAAGACGAUUACCCAUCACAAUCGAAGAAGACGAAUUCACAGUAUAUCGGAUGGAGUCAAUUCCACAAAUAACGAGAGAAGGCCUGGUGAUAACCAAGACGGAAACAAAAUAUCUAGCAGUCGAUGAUCAUCGGAAACUUUGCGAUCAAUCAAGAACACCUCAGUCAGUGUAUCAGCGGGACGAACGGAAAUAA